GAGAGGGAGAGAGUAGUACAGAGGUGGUGUGAGUGAGGAAGGGAUCGAAGGGAAGAAAGAGAGACAUGACAAAAAUAUCAAAAGGCAGAAAGCACGCCGUACCAUGCGAGCUCAAUUUGUGACCGAUGGGAUCGAGGAUGUCGGAUUAAUGGUGACGACCGCAGCCCGUUUUCGCAGAGGAAGCUUCUCUAUUGCAACUUGGGCGCAGAGGGUCCGCGGGGAAACAUGGCCGAAGGAGGGCCGGUUAAAGGUGGCGGAGAGGACCCCGCCAAGUCCACCGAGCAGGAGGACCGGACUCGACCUCCCCAGGUCCUGACGGGAUCAGGGUUCUGCAAGUGGUUCAACGUCCGGAUGGGCUUUGGAUUUAUCUCAAUGACCGGCAGUGAAGGGAGCCCCGUCGACCCCCCUCUGGAUGUUUUCGUCCACCAAAGCAAACUGGUGAUGGAGGGCUUCCGCAGCUUAAAGGAGGGUGAGCAGGUGGAGUUCACCUAUAAGAAGUCCUCCAAGGGCCUGGAGUCCCUUCGGGUGACCGGACCUGGUGGGGGACCCUGUGCAGGCAGCGAGAGACGACCCAAAGGGAAGGUCCCACUCCAGAAACGCAAACCAAAGGGAGACCGGUGA